UUUCAAAACAUUUUGUUUGCAGUUAACGUGAAAUGGGGAAAAGAGAAAUUUGAUGGUGUGGAGCUUAACACUGACGAACCUCCAAUGGUCUUCAAAGCCCAGUUGUUUGCACUGACUGGAGUUCAGCCAGCCAGGCAGAAGGUUAUGGUUAAAGGAGGAACUCUGAAGGAUGAUGACUGGGGGAACCUAAAAAUAAAGAAUGGGAUGACCUUAUUAAUGAUGGGUUCCGCAGAUGCGCUUCCAGAAGAGCCAAUUUCUCGACCCGUUUUUGUAGAAGACAUGACAGAGGAGCAGUUGGCUUCAGCUAUGGAAUUACCAUGUGGUUUGACAAACCUUGGCAACACUUGCUACAUGAAUGCUACGGUUCAGUGUAUCCGCUCAGUGCCAGAAGUGAAAGAGGCCCUUAAAAGGUAUGGUGGUGCCUUAAGAGCUUCAGGAGAAAUGGCCUCGGCUCAAUACAUUACGGCAGCUCUUAGAGACUUGUUUGAUUCCAUGGAUAAAACUUCCUCCAGUAUCCCACCUAUCAUUCUCCUGCAGUUUUUACAUAUGGCCUUCCCACAGUUUGCAGAGAAAGGCGAUCAAGGCCAGUACCUUCAACAGGAUGCCAACGAGUGCUGGGGACAUAUGAUGAGGGUACUACAGCAGAAGCUGGAAGGCAUAGAAGGUGAUACAGUUAUGGAGACAGACUCUGGAGCUACAGCUGCACCAUCUAAAAAGAAGAGUUUGAUUGAUCAGUUCUUCAGCAUUGAAUUUGAAACAGCCAUGAAAUGUACAGAAGCUGAAGAAGAGGAAGUAACUAAGGGAAAGGAGAAUCUGCUUCAGCUAAGCUGCUUUAUCAACCAAGAAGUGAAAUAUCUGUUUACAGGACUAAAAUUGCGUCUCCAAGAAGAAAUCACCAAACUCUCUCCAACACUGCAGAGGGAUGCACUCUAUAUCAAAUCUUCUAAAAUUAGUCGCUUGCCAGCAUACCUGACUAUUCAGAUGGUUAGAUUUUUUUACAAAGAGAAAGAAUCUGUGAAUGCCAAAGUUCUUAAG